GGCAAAGUACACGAAGCGUGGAGCUGCCACCUCCGUCGUGAACGGGCUCCGAAUCAAGUGUGCCACCGGCACCGCAAGAGGGCCAACCAUGGAAUGGUCUCCUGCCCAUCUAACUCGAUAGCUCGAUAUCACUUGAUCGAGCUGCAGCCACACGACAGCAAGAGCCCCUUUGCAACCGCCAUUUCCUUUGGAUGCGCCAUGGUCAUUACCAACGUGAACGACAAAAGGCAAUUUCGGCCGCCUUUCCCUUACUUGAACUGGCUACCCCUCGCCGGCAGGCACACCGAGUCGUCGAGCAUGGAUCCUGAUAGCUUGGCGGUGCUCAUUGCCAUCGCAUUAAGUUUGGUUACGGACACGGCUGUGGCAACCGAUGAUUUGGCGUCGCCAUUUUGCGCCAACGUGACCUUACUGCUCUCUGAUUGCAUGAACUCCAACUCGAGCAGCGUCGUUGGCAACGAAGCGUCCACGUCCAGCUCGACCGCUGGCGCAACGCUUCGGCCAGCAACCUUUGCAACGUCGUCGGACCUGUGGACCUCUACAAACAAGUUUUAUCUUGGCGUGUCUAUCUGGCUGGGAUGCAUCUUUCUCGGCAUCGUGUUUGCGGUCAAGAUGCGGCAGCUCCCCAUGGCCGCCACGGAGUCGUCGUUGCACCAGCGCUCGAUAUCAGCGCACCAGUUGAGCCAAGACAAAGACAACUCGACCGACCCGCACCCCAGCACCACGCUGUCACCAAAUCCAUACUACUUUUUGUCCAAACAAAGCAAUUUUCGAAGCAGCACGAGCAGCCAGAGCGUCGUACCGAUCAGUAUGCGAAGCCUGGCAAGUAUCGCAAGCACGGUGACAGCGAACCACCUGAAUCACCACAACAUUUACCUGUCGUCGACAACGUCCACGUCGUCCAUGACGUCCCUUGGCGACUUUCGUCCGUCCCGCCCUGCAGACCCACACGUGCCGCGGUUUGUGUACCGCGAAAGCGACGACGGGUCAACAUGGUUGUCCAGUGCGGCGCUCAUGACGGGAGGUGGGACUCGGCGGCACACGGAGCAGCUGCAAGACUUGAACGAGGACACGUGCUUCGAAAGCAUGCGAACUCGUAUCUCCAACCUCACCAUGCUCGACAUGUACUCGAACGAGACCCGCCAUGACGAAGAGUACGCGGACGAGUUCCGCGACAAGGUCGCCGUCGUCGUGUGAUGCCCGUCCGUGGCAGACGCUGGCCAUUUCGUGUCCACUCGUAUAUGGUGGUGCUAUUUAUUCACCGCGAAAAGCGCGUCCCGGCGACGCAAAAGUCAGAGUUAGCUUCGAGCAUUUUUGGGAUAGACCUUUGCGUCCGACUAAUAAGCCACAACGCACCAAGAUGUGUUGUCUCGCCGCCGUGGAUUCACGAAGCGAUGCAGGCUGUGUUGGCGCCUUGUGAACGGCGGAAUGGCGUCAAAUGAGGUGCUUUCCUCGCAA